CAGGCCACGCCCCCAUGUCCAGGCUCCUCGCCGCCAUGUUGCUCCGGCCUGUGUCUCUCGCUCUGCGUUUUUGCCGUUUCCGCUCGGGCGCCCCGGGGCCCAACGUGGCGGUGGUUCUCUCUGGGUGUGGAGUUUACGAUGGAACCGAAAUUCACGAGGCUUCAGCGAUUUUGCUUCACCUGAGUCGUGGAGGGGCUGAGGUCCAGGUUUACGCUCCUGAUAUCUCUCAGAUGCAUGUGGUGGAUCAUGUCAAGGGGGAGCCUACUGGAGAGAGCAGGAAUGUUAUGGUGGAGUCAGCUCGGAUUGCCCGUGGUAAGAUCCUGGAUCUUGCCAGGCUGAACGCCCAGGAUCACGACGCGGUUAUCUUCCCCGGUGGGUUUGGUGCAGCCAAGAAUCUCUCAACCUUUGCCAUGGACGGUAAGGACUGCAAAGUAAUCCCUGACAUCGAGCGUGUCAUCACCGAGUUCCACAGGGCACGGAAACCCAUUGGGUUAUGUUGCAUUGCCCCUGUGCUGGCUGCCAAAGUGCUUCCUGGAGUAGAGGUCACUGUCGGCCAUGAGGAUGAGGAUGGUGGAAAAUGGCCGUAUGCUGGAACAGCGGCAGCCAUCGUUUCCAUGGGAGGCAAACACACAGUCAGCGAGGUUGAUUGUGCUCAUGUGGAUCGUGAGAAUAUGAUUGUGACGACACCAGCCUUCAUGUGUGAAACUAAACUUCAUCACAUCUUCGAUGGGAUUGGAGCGAUGGUACAGCGAGUACUGAAACUAACGGGGAAAUGAUGCUGCUUAGACCACAACUCAAGCAGCAGAUCAAUGAUUAAUGAAUGAAUGUGUGGGUGAGUGAGCGGAUAUGUGUGUGUCUGGGGGCAUGUCUGGGUAUGUACGUGUACCUUGUCAGUGGGCGUGUGUGUAUGUUGGGCGGGGUGUGUGUGUCUGCCUACCUUGUCGGCAGUUGUGUGCACGCUUGUCUAACUGGGUAGGCGGCUGUGAUCUAGUCUGACCUAAUGAAGCUGCUGGAGCCUGCGAGAGAAUUUCAGUGACAGUAUUACAGGGUGAUCUGUGUAAUGCCAUUAAAAUGCCAUGAUUGGACAGUGGGUGGAUCAUUCUUGUCCAUGUGUGAGAUCUGCCAUGAUUGCUAUAUGAAUUACGCUGUGUUAGUUACCCUACAUCAGGUUAAGAAGUGUAAUCUGCUCUUUGUAGAAUUGAGUGAAUGUUAGGAACCAUUGUUUUGAUUUGGGAUCGAUUAAAUAUUACAAUCAUG